AUAAUGAACGAGAAUGAAAUUAUUGAAGAACCAACGUUGGGAAUGGUUUUUAGAUCUCAAGAAGAAGCAUAUUCAUAUUACUCUAAUUAUGGGAUACAGAAGGGAUUUGGUGUAAUGAAAAGAAGCUCAAAACGAGGAGAUGAUGGUGUUGUCAGAUACUUUACUUUUGCAUGUGUUAAAAAUGACCAGAAGAAAAAAUCUACAGGGAAGAAUUCAUUUGCCCCAAGGCUUUCAACAAAAACGGGCUGUAAAGCCAAGAUAAGAUUGACAUUAAAAGAUGUGAAUUUUAUUGUAUCCUUUGAUGAAUCUACUCGUGAAGUUAAUUGUGUUUGCCGUUUGUUUGAGUUUAGAGGAAUUCUUUGUAGACAUAUCAUGUCGAUGCUAAUUGGCAGAAAAAUAAAUGAAAGAAAGGACCUAAAACGAAGAUAUACUUUGGUGAGAAUUGGUUACAAUCCUUUGAGCCAGCAAAUACAACAAUGUGAAAAAAUAUGCAAGGCAUUCCACGAAGUUGCUAUUAUUGCUGCGGAUGAUGAAGAAAAAUAUGAGUUGGUAAUGAAAGGCAUACGAGAAUUAAAGUUAGAAAUUAGCAGUGAUGAAUUAAUACAUGAGGAAACGGUUCAAGCAUUUUCUUCACAGUCUCAAAAUUAUGUUGAGCAACAAAAAGUGUUAGGUGGAGAAAAUAAAGUUUUGAGUCCUGUGGUUACUCGAGGGAAAGGGCGUCCUGCUACUAAGAGAAAAAUUUUGAGAUUGGAAGUCGUGGUUCAGAAACUUAAAAAAAAGAAUCAAAACAAGAAGCUUAAGGAGACUAAAGCAAAGAAAUUGAAAUGCACAAAGGCACCUAUGAAAACAUUGGAAGCCAAUAGCAUAUUCGGUUCAACUGCUUUUAAAGCUACAUUCGAUAAUGAGGUCAAUCAAGUUUCGAAUUUUGGAGAACAUUACAUGCUAAGGCCACCCGAUCCAAGCAUUUAUCCCAAUUCAAUUCAACUCCAAGAAAAGGGCCCCUUUGAUCCUUAUCAUGACAACUACUAG